GCAGAGUUAAAACGAGUUUAUACAGAAUUACGGAUGUAUAAGCUAAAAAAUCUGUAUCAAGAUAAUCCGCAUAUCAGUAAGGGUAAAGGCGGAAAAAGAAAGACGGAAAAAACGAAAAUCCGUCGUACCUCGACUCCUUCUUCAAAUUCACCAAAAACGAAGCAUAUCGAAGAAGAUGAAAAAAGUGAUCCAACGGUUGAAUCUGCACCACAUAACGUUUACUUAUCGACAUAUAAACUGCAGAUUGAGCCGCAGCAAUCAAUUCGUGUUUGA